ACUUUAAAUCCAAAAUAAACGAAAGAGAAAUAUCAUUGUAAUAAAUUGUCAAUAACGGAAAUAACUAAUACCAUAUCACAUCGACAAAUUUUGGUUCUCUCUACCAUCGUUCACUUCAUUUUCUUCAGGUGGUAUAGUGAAAUCUUCAUCAAAAUCUAAAAAUCACAAAUAUAAAAACGAAAAGAGAAAACCUAACUUUUUCUUUUUGUUAGCACCUAAUCUUCAUCACAGUCUUGGCAUGGGUCGGUCUAGACUGGUCCCACUUGACUCGAUUGAGGAGUAUGAAAGGGCACUAAAGCUAGGGCCAAACGCUUUGGGAGGCGUAGCUGCUAUUGUUGACGAGCUCCCUUACAUUGAACUGUUCUUAGCGGAACGGACUGGUUUCAAAAUUGUCGGAGAGCCGUUUAUGAACCGCGGUUGGGGAUUUGCGUUUAAGAGAGAUUCUCCACUGGCUAUAGACAUGUCAACAGCGAUCUUGAAACUCACUGAGACGAGAGAGCAGAAAAGGAUUCUGAAGAAAUGGCUAUGCCAGAAGAGCUGCGGAGAGAAGUCAGAUUGGAACCACCCAGAGCCAAACCAGUUUCAUCUCAAGAGCUUCGAAGGGUUGUACCUUUUCUGCGUUGCGAUCACUGUCUCUGCGUUCUUGGUGUUUGUUCUCAGGAUGAUACGCCAGUUCGUGCGGUACAGAAGGAGUGAGAGGACAAGCUUGACGCCACGAGCUUCUUUGUCGUCUUCUCCUACGACGACGCGUUUAUGGGGAUUUAUGUUGGGUUUCGUGGAGUUUGUGGAUGAGAAAGAAGAGGCCACUAGGAGUGAUGAUGACUCUAACAACAACCCAUCUCAAGUUGUUGUUAAUCUUUUACCAACCGCUUGUGUUACACAACGAUCACAAUGUGUUACACACGAGUUCGAGAGAAAGAAUAAGAUAGACGUUUCAGGCUUAUAAACUUUUCUGAAAAUACUUUUGUAUUAUUGAGAUUCGGU